AUGCAGCGCAAGUUACAAAUAUUUAAUCACCAACUAUUUCAAGAAGGAAACAUGGAACUAUAUGAUCCUAAUGCUCCAUUAAGUGAUCAAGUUGAUCUUUUACCAUAUGAUGAAAGUUGGGAGUUCCCUAAAGAAAAACUGAAGCUUGGUAGAACAGUAGGUCAGGGAGCAUUUGGAAGAGUUGUGAAAGCAUUAGCUUUUGGCUUAAAUGAUUAUGAAACCUCAACAGUUGUUGCUGUUAAAAUGCUGAAAGAGCGUGCAGAUGUGAACCAACAAAAAGCACUGAUGGCAGAACUGAAGAUUUUAAUUCACUUAGGCCAUCAUGUUAACAUUGUUAAUUUAAUGGGAGCUGUGACUAAAAACUUUCCCAAAGGUGAAUUGCUGUUAAUGGUUGAAUACUGCCGAUAUGGAAAUAUUCGACAUUUUCUACAUAGAUAUCAAGACAAUUUCAUUAAUGAGAUUGAUCCUGUAACAAAACAAGUUGUGCCUUCAACUGAAAAAAUUGCCGCAACUGUUGGUAAUGGAACAUUUAAAGGUGAUCGGUGCAGAAGUUCCUCAACUUCAUCUUCAGGGGUAAUGGCUGUUUAUAAUCCUAGCUACAGGCAACGGUCAGAUAGUUUUAUUAAUGAGCAUAGAAUUUCUACUGGUGGCUCUACAUUUGUGUAUUCAACAAGUGGCUCAACUGGAUCCUUCAGUGGAAGCAGUCGAAAUUAUCUCCGAGCUGACAGUCAAGAACAUGUUAUUACAACGUCAGAUUUAGUGUGUUAUGGUUUUCAGUGUGCUCGAGGAAUGGAAUAUUUGGCAUCAAAAAAGUUAAUUCACAGAGACCUUGCUGCAAGAAACAUACUCUUGGCUGAUGAAAAAAUUGUGAAGAUAUGUGACUUUGGUUUGGCAAAAGACUGCUAUAAGUAUGAAAAUUAUGUUAAGAGAGGGGAUGGCCCAUUGCCUAUAAAGUGGAUGUCGAUUGAAUCCAUAUGGAAUCAUGUUUUCACAACAAAAAGUGAUGUAUGGUCUUAUGGAAUAUUAAUGUGGGAGUUGUUCACACUUGGUGGGAAUCCAUAUCCUGGUAUUGACUUGGAUGAAGAAUUCUACAAAAAGUUAAAAAAUGGAUAUAGGAUGGAAAAACCAGACUUUUGUCCAGAUUAUGUUUACAAAAUGAUGCAAAACUGUUGGAAAGAAAAUCCUGAAGAGCGACCAAAUUUCUCCCAGAUAGCAGAAACGCUAGGUUCAUGCAUUGAUGAAAGUAUAAAACAGCAUUAUAUUGAUUUGAGUGCACCAUACAUAGAGAUGAAUCAAAGGAAAGAUAUUCAUAAUUAUUUCAACUUACAAAAUGACAAACUUUCCAAUCAUGAAUAUAUGAAUUCAGAAGUAAAACUUGGCAGCAAUUAUGAUACUGUUCCCCCAGCAAGAGGAAUUCUGCAAGGUAAACAAAAGAAUGAGCCAAUUUUAUUGAAUACAUUAGGAGCCAUUAGGGAGGACUUAAUUAUAAAGGACUGGAUUGAUAUUCAAGCCUCUGAUAACAUUAGUGAUUAUUUACAGAUGGGAGAGGAAACACAUGUUUGAAAACUAAACCAGCUACUGUAUAUAGGCGUAGACUGUCUCGCCAUGGAUGAUAAUAAUGAUUGUAUAUAUAGACAAUGUUUGCCACUAAUGGUGAUACAUUGAAGCAAGCAAAUAAUAUCAAAUAUUUCAUCUAUAGCUGUAUUUGAAUUUGAUUAUUUUCUUUUAUGUCUUCAAGUUGAGUUAGAACAAAAAUCUUGACUACUGAUACAUUAUUUGUUCUAAAUUGUAAUUAUAUACCUCAUCAAAUUAAGUGAAAACAACACAUUAAUACAUGUACAGGGUUAUAAGAAAUAAC